UGGCAGUCUCUGGUGAUCUCAACGAAGCCGACCUACUUCGAGCAGAAAAGCACGCAAAUGCAACGAAGGAUUUUCUAUUUACCUGGACAAUAUCACCAUUCGGUUCUAGUGAACAAGUUGCGCAACCAGUCAAGCUAUUAUGGGAGGGCCAAGACGUGUACUUUUCGGAACUCUCUCACGACAUCUUGAGUGGCUCUUCAGGAUACGGGAGUUUUAUGACAAGUGAGGAUGAUGACAACGGUGCCUCGGAAAGAGAAGGGCUCAGAGAUGUGCCUGGAACCGUUUAUAACUCACAAGUCGGGGCGACUUCUGCUACACUCAGUGUCAUUGAUGACUUGAGCUCUAAACUCGGCCUUCCAAACUAUCCACAAACAGUCGAUCCCACGAAGUUCUUGCAAAAUAAUGAUACCGUACCAGAAAAUAUCGACUUAUCACAGAUAGGGCUCGUGGGCGCCUGGUCGAACAAUGGCGUUGGUGAGUUGAAUUCUUCACGACUGUCGCUUAUAAGUAUUCAAACUUGGCUAGCACAUUCCUUCAAGUCGACUCCACUAGAAUACGGUGCAAAAGGGAACGGAUGGGUUGAGUUGGAUGUAAUGAUGGUCCGUUUAGAAACAUUAUAUGCGCCUGGUGGUACAUUUAAAGUCCGCUCGGAAGAUGGAAUUCGAACUGUGGGCUUUGACGCUGCAGUGUGUGUCGAGGCUAUCGAACCCUGGGUCGUCGAUACAUACAACGCUACUACUGGCCGAGUAACAACUUUGAAGGUGGUUGGAAAAGGUGACCUAUCGACCGUACACUUGAAUUACGGAAAACAAAAGAAUCGUAGUAUCAAAGGCUUAUCGAUGGGAGUCAACUCCACCGGUAAAUUGGAAGUAUUUGGCCUUGCUCACGGCAAUUCAAGGAACCAGAUUCUCAAGGUCAGAGCGUUCCUUUGGAUUUUUGACGACCAUGUUGACCUCUGGAUAUAG